AUGCGUGGCAAACAGAAGGCGCAGAAGGCAAAGAGGCUGAAGCGAACGCCGGUGGAUUGUGAAGACUUCUGGGGCUGGCGAUGCGCAGAUGUGGCUGCCUCGGUAGACUGGGAGAAGCUUCAACAGGGACUCGAUGCUUUGAUGUCCCCUCGACUUUGGGCCAGCCAGCUUUCGCUGCGGAAAGUGGCAGCUGCCGUGCCGCUUCAGCUGCGAGAGCUGCCUGGGCCGGGGCCCUCUGCCUCUGGCGCAGGAUCCCGGAAGCAAUCGAUCUGGGAGGCUUCGAACUUGCCGCAGGCAGGCAAGUCUUCGGAGGCUUCUGCCUUCACGUCACCGCCAUGCUUCCUGGUGUCGUGUUCUAUUGCUCUGCAAACAUCAACUGGCAAAGGGCGGGGAUGGUAUGCCACCGAACCUCUGGAUGCUGGCGUCAUGGUCCUGAUCGAGCGGCCUUUAGUAGCAGUGCUUGACGGAGAAUGGCGCGACGAGAGCUGGGCAGACUGUGGCAGUUCCGACUCUGCAGCUUUAGGCAUUGAGCUGGCAAGAUGCUACUCUUCAAGCUUGGCUUCGCUCCUGUCCGGCUUUCAUCCACAGGAGGCCGUGCCGGCAAACGACGCCGAUUCAGACGAGGAAGAUGAGCCGGUUCUCAAGGACGCCAUGAGAACGGCACUGAACACUGCCUGGAAGCCAGUGGAUAUUUCCGAAGGGACCCGAAAACGGCUGGAGGAUGUUGUCCGCCUGAAUUCCCUGGGUUUCUACACGAACUCAGAGCAGCUUUGCCACCACGAAAACUUCGCAGCGCUCACAGGGAACGGGCUCUUCGCCCUGGCUAGCGGCUUCAACCAUUCCUGCGAGCCCUCGCUGCAGCGCUGCUCCUUCGGAGACUUGACGGCUUUUGUGACGAAUCAGCCAGUGGCAGCUGGAGCUGAGCUGUGUAUCAGCUACAUCGAGUCGGAAUUGCUCUGCGCACCCAAGUCUUUGCGGAGUCAGUCGCUGAAUCGUGACUUCGUCUGCGCUUGUACGAGAUGCCAAAAGCAAGAAAGCACGCCGGAAGAAGCCGCCGUUGAAAGGAACUUUAUGCGAGUCGAUGCCCAAGUCCAGGCAAAUCUGGCCCUCUUGCCGCCCAAGGAGCGAGUCCGCGCGGUGGCGGCGGCCCUGGAGGGACACCUGGACGAGGAGGAGGAGGAGCCCGAAGAGGAGGAGCCUGUGGAGGAGGCUGAAGUUGCUUCCGCGCACUCCUGUGAGAAGGACGAGUUGCAUGAGCCAAAGUCUCCCAAAGUUGUCCUGCUGGGGAAGGAUGCUCAGGAACUUCGUGUCGUCCAGGCCCUGGCUUUCAUGCAGAUGCAGGAGUGGGAAAGUGCAUUUCUGGUUUGGCGGCAGAAUGCUGCCUUUAGUUGCCAUCACUGCCCGCCUUUCGACGAAUCUUUGGUCGUCUACGCCUUGCAGGCCGCAGUAUGCAAAGCACAGAGUUCCAGCUUGGGUGCAGCUGACAAUAUUAACUAUGUACGUCUGGCCGUCGAAGCCCAUUGCAGGGCUUUCGGAGUUGACAACUUUGCAUGGCGGUAUGCAAAGGAGGUGGAGGAGUCACGGGUCAGUUCCGAAACGAAGAACCUCUUUUGGAAUGCUGCGCGAAGGGAAGCACCCAAAAUCCGUCCCUUUGCGGAGGCGGUGCGAGACUGGUGUUUCAAGCCAGAUGAGGAGCUCAACGGCCAAUCGAAGGUCCUUCGAAGCAUCGAUGACCGGCUAACAACGACCCAGGCGCUGGUGCCCAAGGCGCUGGGAAAGAUGAAGUGCGAGAUACCGGGCCACGAGGGCGACGUCAAAGCAGCUAUGGACAAGCUGAUGGAAGAUUCGGUCGAGCAGGUGGGCACCAUCAUUGACCGAUUACACGACUCUGCCAACGAAGCCAUGGCCUUCAACGACCUGAUGCACAGGCAGUUUGAGUACAAAGGCAACCGCCUGCCGGAAGAAGUGGUGUCCAAUCUCCACCGCGCCGAGGAUAUGGCGAAGAAGGAAAUGGUCGCUGGUGCGAAGGACCUGGUGCGAAUGGCGGAAGAAGUUCGAACCAUGAUCAUGGCUUCCACGAUACCCGCACCCCUGUGCAUCCUCGGUGCCCCGCCGAUCCAGAGACGCCAUGCCAAUGCUGCAUCGCAGGCUGUCCUGGAACGUGGGACACGAAGGCCGUGGGGUGAGGCAGAGAUGCCGGCAGCAUGGAGGGACGAGGCCGUGCGGGAAGCUCGCUUACUAGAGAAGGAGGCAGCAGCGCAGCCGCCGCAGCCACAGGUCGAAGACUCCGGUCCGGACUUCGUGACAGUUGUGGCCGGAACAGUAGCCUUGUUCGGGCUCCUCCUCGCAGGAAUCAUUACAAUCACGCCGCCCUCCCCGGGGCCGCUGCCUCCAGUGUUCGAGCAACCUCCGUCAGAGGCCCGGGGCUGUGAGCGGUUUGCCGACCUUCUCCCUGAAGUCUUGAUGGGCGAAGGCCAUUGCCCAAUGCGCGCGCGGCCAGGCAGGCUGCAAGGCGUGGAAGGGCUCCGCGGGGUCCGCAUCAGCACGGAUAGGAAGGGCUUACAGGGAAGUUUCAGCGAGAUCGUGGCAUCUGCCGAGGUGCACGUGCGCGAGUCUGUUCAGAAGGUGCCAGCUCCAGAACCCUCGAGUGACUUCGCCCUUCUUGAAAACGAAGAUGGCAAUUGCCUCAUGGCGGUGGAUGCUCCGAUGAAUGGCAUACGCCCCACCAUGGCAACCUGCGACGAAGACAACUUCCUGCAGAAGUGGGCCUACGACGAGACCACGGGAUUGGUGCGGCACACGGGGGGGAAGUGCCUGGAUGCCUCUCAACGAGAGGUCCCACACGGCUUGGUGCACCUCUGGGCCUGUGACAGUAGCAACGAGAACCAGAUGUGGGAGUGGGAUUCUGGCAACACUGGCAGGUUGAAGAACAAGUAUGGCAUUUGCCUGGAUGCACCCCACCCAGAGGUCGAGGGGAGUGGUGUGCACAUGUGGUACUGCGACGAGGCGAUCACGAAUCAGAAAUGGCACUUUGUCCCAGCCGGCACGGAGACCAGCCAUGAGUUAUGUAAAGGUUUGUAG